CUCUCUCUCUUCUUCUGCAACUCCAUCGACUUCCCCUUCCUUCCUCCAACGAUUUUUCUCACCCCCUCGAAUGCCCUUCUCUCUUAUCCUCCCGAAUUCAUGGACGGCAACGAAAACCCACCUCCACCUCCGCCGCCGCCGCCUCCGCCUCCUCCGCCGCGCGCCGCCGCGAGCCUCUCCGCCGCGGCCCUCGCCCAUCUCUCCUCCCUCUCCGCCCACCCUCUCUUCUCCGCCGCCUUCGCCUUCUACGCCCUCGUCCUCCUCUACUUCCCGCGCAUUUUCAUCCGGGUCCUCCUCUCCCCGGUCCUCCCCAUCACCGCCCUCUCCCUCCUCGCCCUCCUCCGCCUCGGCGCGUCCCAACAACGAGCCGCCCGGAAGCUGGGAGACCCCGCCGCAGUAGCCGAAGAAAGCAGGGUCGGGACCGAAGAAGAGAGCGGGGAGCUCAGGCGGGAUUCUUCCCGCGCCGACGGCCGCCUAUCGGAAGCCGACCCGCGAUCGGAGAUGAGUUUUUUCGCUCCGAGCGCGCGGUACGAGCGCCGCUUCGUGGAAUGGGACGUGAAGGCGCCCCUCGAGGUGAUCUACGAAGAGUACGAAGGCGAAGGAGACAAGGAAGAAGACGACGGCGGCGUCGGCGACGGCGACGGCGGCAGAGACUUCAGUUUCGGGGGACUCGAGAGGUACCCGUCGCUGUCGAUGUGCUACCCGGACUCGGACUCGGACUCAUCCUCGCCGGGCGCCGAUUUCGGCUUCUGCGGCUCCGGCGGCUUCGGCUCCGACUGGGACUCGCCGGAGAACGGCGUUUUCCGGUGGGAUGCGGAGGACGUGGGGGAGGGGUUGAUCGAGAUCGCGCUGGACUCGCACGGCGGCGAGGAGGAGAAUCUGAUCGAGAUCGACAUCUCUCCGGCGACGGCGAGGAAGCACCAUUGAGUUCGACGGUAUGAAGUUUGCCCAUCAUCGUCAAUAACGGAAGGAGAACAUGCCAUGUUUCAUUAAGCAGGUGGAGAGUAUAUCGGCAUGAAAGGGACGCGAC